AUGAAUAACAACCAAAAUAUGAAUAGAAACUACAAUAACAAUCAAAAUAAUAGUAAUAAUAAUACUAAUAAUAACGGCAAUAGUAACCAAAAUAAUAUGGGUAUGAAUAUGAAUAUGAAUAUGAAUAUGAAUAUGAAUAUGAACAAUAAUAACAAUAUGAAUGGAAUGGGUGGAGGUAAUAACAUGAUGAUGAAUAAUGGGAUGAAUAAUUUUAAUAAUUCAUCAAACUCUUUUAUGUAUAAUAACAAUAAUACUAAUAUGAAUGGCAUGAAUAAUAUGAAUAUGAAUAAUUUCAAUGGUUAUAAUAAUAAUAAUAAUAAUAAUAAUAAUUAUAACGGAUCUAAUAACAUGAAUGGUGGAAAUAAUAAUAAUAAUAAUAAUAAUAUGAAUAACCAUAAUAAUAAUAAUAUUAAUAAUAAUAAUAACUAUAAUAAUAACAAUAAUAACAAUAAUAACAAAAAAGUUAUACUCCCAAAAAAUUUUACAAACCACGAUGGCCCAAUUCUCAUUAAGGAUAAUAAUGGUAAAGUUAUAGGUGAAAAAGAAAAACUUGGUAGAACUCUUUUUGUUAGAAAUGUUGCAUACUCCAUUAAAGAAGUUGAUAUUCCUGCUAUAUUUGCAAAGAUUGGUGAGAUUAAAAAAACAUUUUCUUUGUUAGAGUCAAGAGGUAUUGCUUUUAUUUCAUAUUAUGAUUUGAGAGAUGCUGAAAGAGCAAAAAAUGAAAUACAAGGUACAACACUGGAUGGUAGAUCCAUUGAUAUCCAUUUUUCAAUUCCAAAGGAGGAAAGUGGACUUGAGGACAAUGCCGGUUUUAUUCAUGUCAAAAAUCGUGAUGUUCCUUUGAAUGAGGUCAGAAUUUUCUUUUCUAGCUAUGGUGACAUUAAGGAUGUUACAGAGUUUAAUCGUGAUCAAGUACUUGUUGAGUUUUAUGAUUUAAGAGCAUGUGAAAAAGCAUUGGCAGAGGCCAAUGGGGUGAAAUUAGGUGACCAAACAUUAGAUUUGGACUAUUACACUCCAAAGGAAAUACCAGCUAUCAUUGAUGCAUAUGAGGGUAGAAAACAAAACAAUAACAAUAGUAACAACAGCAACAACAAUAAUAGAGGUGGAAUGAAUAAUCGUAAUAACUAUAACCGUAGAGAUAAUAAUAACAACAACAACAACAACAACAACAAUGACGAUAGUGAUAAUAGAAAGAGAAAUAAUAUGGGAGGAAACUUUAAUAAUAACAAUAGAGGAAUGGAUUUUAAUAAAAGCGGCCCAAUUAGAAAUGUUUAUCAAACUGAUAGAAAUCCAGAUUACAGAAGACGUGAUGAUAACAAUUAUAAUAAUAGUAAUAGUAAUAACAACAACUCUCGUAAGUAUACAGAUUCAGGUGACAAAAGUUACAAAAGUAAUCAAAAUAACUACAGUAACAGUGUGAAUAACUAUAAUAAUAAUAAUAAUAAUAAUAAUAGUAACAAUAAUAACAAUAAUAAUAAUAAUAGCCACAACAAUAUGAACCAAAACAGUUAUUACAAUGAUAAUAGUGGAGGUGGUAUUUACAAUAAUAUGAAUAGCAAUUUCAAUAGUAAUAAUAAUAAUAAUAAUAAUAAUAGUGGUAGUAAUAGUAAUACUAAUGGUGGGUGGAAUAAUAAUAAUAGUAAUAGUAAUAAUAUGAACAAUAUGAAUAUGAAUAAUAAUAUGAAUAAUAAUAUGAAUAAUAAUAUGAAUAAUAAUAUGAAUAAUAAUAUGAAUAAUAACAUGAACAACAUGAACAAAAAUAUGAACAACAACAACAACAAUAUGAACAAUAACAACAACAAUAACAACAUGAACAAUAGCAACAACAUGGGCUACGGAAAUAGCAAUAAUAGUAAUUAUAAUUUUAACUAUAAUAAUAUAUCUAAUCCCUCUAAUAAUUUUAAUAACAAUAAUUAUAAUAAUUCAUUCAUAAACUAUUCAGAGCCAAGUUUCCCUAAUGAUGGCGCAAGCCCAGAAAUCUUGGCAAAUAUAUCUCAACUAGCCCAAACUUUGAAAAUUCCAUUCCAAUGGAACGCAAAUAAUAUUAGUAGCAAUGUACAAAAUAAAUAA